AUGUUGCAGGCAAAUUUGACAUUUGUAACAUAUUUUAUCUUCCUGGGAUUUUCUCACUACCCCAAAGUUGAGGUCAUCAUAUUUGCACUGAGCUUCCUGAUGUACCUAAUAACCCUGCUGGGCAAUGUAAUUCUGAUCUCUAUCACCAUCCUGGACUCCCGCCUACACACACCCAUGUACUUCUUCCUCAGCAAUCUCUCAUUUCUGGACAUCUUUUAUACUUCGUUUGGUCUCACUCCAAUGCUGACAAACUUCAUUUCAGGCGAAAACACCAUCUCAUUCUUGGGCUGUGCUGCUCAGAUGUACUUCUCCCUUGCAAUGGGCUCCACUGAAUGUGUGCUUCUGUCCAUGAUGGCAUAUGACCGGUAUGUGGCCAUCUGCAACCCCCUGAGAUACCCCCUCAUCAUGAACAAGAGGGUUUGUGUGCAGAUUGCAGCUGGCUCCUGGUUGACAGGCUGCUUCACAUCCUUGGUGGAAACAGUCUCUGUGCUGCAGCUCUCACUAUGUGGAAAACACAUCAUUAAUCAUUUUGCUUGUGAAUUUCUGACUUUCUUGAAACUGGCGUGUGUUGACACUUCCAUAGAACAAUUAAUAAUAUUGGUGAUCACUGUACUUCUUGUUCCCAUGCCCAUGCUCUUAAUUUGUUUCUCAUAUGUUUCCAUCCUUGUCAACAUCCUGAGAAUCAGCUCAGUGGAUGGUCGAAGCAAAGCCUAUUCCACAUGUGCUGCUCAUCUGGCUGUGGUCAUUUUGUUCUUUGGAACAGCUCUCUCCAGGUACAUGAAGCCAUCAUCCAUAGAUUCACAGGAAGUAGAUAAAUUUAUAGCCUUGGUAUAUGCUGCCGUGACUCCUAUGUUAAAUCCUAUAAUAUAUAGUUUACGGAACAAAGAAGUCAAAACAGCUGUAAAAAGACUGCUGAUGAAUCGCUCUUCUGCAUCAUCUUAA